AACUAAACUAAUCAACCAUGCGAUUCAUCAGUGUGUUCUCUGUAGGAAGUUAAGAGGAAGAUUCGAAGAACAGAGAAUGUCUGAUUUACCUAUGGACAGAGUGAAAGUGAAUCCUCCAUUUACUCAUGUGGGCUUGGAUGUUUUUGGGCCAUGGAACAUAAUAUCACGCCGCACUAGAGGGGGCAGCGCUGAAAGUAAAAGAUGGGUUGUUAUUUUCUCUUGUUUAAGUACAAGGGCUGUCCAUCUAGAAGUCAUUGAUUCCAUGUCAACCCCAAGUUUCAUUAAUGCCCUCAGAUGGUUCUUGGCAGUUCGCGGACCAGUCAAACACUUCAGAUCCGACAGAGGAACUAAUUUCAUCGGGGCCUGUCAUGAACUGAACAUCAAUGCAGAUGAUCCAGAACUAAAAGGUUACUCACAGGAGCAAGGUUGCGUAUGGACGUUUAAUGCUCCCCACUCUUCCCACAUGGGAGGAGCUUGGGAAAGAAUGAUCCACAUAGCACGGCGCAUUCUGGAUGCAUUACUAUUAAAAACCGGCCUUUCCCGUCUUACCCAUGAGGUUUUGACUACUCUCAUGUCAGAGGUCAUGGCAAUAAUGAAUGCUAGACCUUUACUUCCAAUUUCUUCUGAUCCUGACACAUUGGAAGUUCUAUCCCCUGCAAUGCUUCUCAACCAGAAGGCUAGUACUGUACCAGCACCUCUUGGGGACUUUGACAUUAAGGACCUCUACAAGAAAGAGUGGAGACAGGUUCAGAGUCUGGCGGAUGCUUUCUGGAAAGCUUGGAGGAGAGAUUAUCUUGCAACAUUGCAAGUACGGAGGAAAUGGACUGAGAAAAGACGAAACUUUGAGGAAGGUGAUGUUGUCUUGCUUAAGGACUCUAAUGUGAAACGUAAUGAGUGGCCAAUUGGACUCAUCGUGAAAACUAUACCCAGCAGUGAUGAUAAAGUGAGGAAGGUGGAGGUAAAGAUAAUUAGAGAAGGAUCUGCAAAAGUAUACCUAAGGCCUGUCUCAGAGGUAGUUCUACUCCUGCCUGAAAAGUCACAGAAAAAUCAAUAGUGGUAUAAUAAUUUAGUAUACCAG